AUGCCUCCUCUUAAUGUCAUCGUUGUUGGAGCGGGGAUUGGUGGAUUGGCGGCGAGUGUGGCGAUGAGGAAGGCUGGCCACAAUGUUCUUGUUCUUGAGAAGGAUCCGAGCAAGCGGGAGAUUGGAUAUGCGAUUUCGGUGCCGCCGAAUUGUUCGAGGGUGCUCAGGAGCUUGGGCAUAGAUCUUCAGAGAGCGAGGGCGACGCAAUGGAAUGGCCUUGAUUACAUUCGUGCAGAUCGAAAUCGCCCAGAGACCUUGCCACGAAGGUAUAUCAAAGCUGAGGACAUGUACGGCGCGCCGCAUUUGUGCUGUCAUCGAGUGGAUUUGCACGAGGCGCUGCGAGAGAAAGCGCUGGAUCCGACUGUCGUGGGUGGGCCUCCAGUGACGAUUCGAGAAGGCGCGAGAGUCGCAGAGUUUGACCCUGAGCGAGGGUCGGUGAAGCUGCAGAAUGGCGAGGUCCUGUACGCAGAUCUGAUCGUGGCCGCCGAUGGCAUUCGGUCAAAGGCGCACAAGUGGAUUCUGGGAGAGGAGCGGCCGGCAGAGUUGACCAAGCUGCGGAGUAUACGGUUUAUCGUGGCCACGGAGACGUUGCUGAAGAACCCCAAGACGAAACCUUUGAUUGAGAACCUUCAUAAUGAAGGUACCCGGGCGGCGGUGUGGAUUGGGCAAUCGGACAAAAUUGGCAUAUUCCAAUCGCCUUGUCGAGACAACACCUUACAAAACUUCGUCAUCUACGACAUCGCAGAUGCAAACCAGACUCCAUCAACAGACUGGAUCAAGAAAGCCGACCGCAAAAUGGCUCUCGAGCUGCUCCAAAGAGAAGGGUUCGACGACUCUGUUCAGGAGAUCGUCCGCUGCUCGAACGAGUAUGACUUUUACCUGUGGAAAGUUGGCGACCGAGAUCCUCUGCCAGCGCUUCAGUCCGGUAAGCUGCUGGUUCUUGGUGAUGCUGCACAUCCUAUGCGACCGGAUCAUGGACAAGGAGCGAGCCAAGCAGUCGAGGAUGCUGGGGUCUUAGGAGUCAUGAUGGAGAAUGCAUCUGGGCCGGAGGUCCCUGGGCGACUGAGGAUGUGGGAAGCCUUGCGUAGGCCUAGAGUUGCAGUGGCACAGCUUUGCUCAAGAGCGGAGACACUGUCCUUCGAGAUGGCCGAAGAGAAUAUCCAGAAGGUACAGGCUCUCGUGCCGCCGGAUCAGCUUCCCGAGUUAACUCGAGCAGAACUGUUCCACUCGUUCUUCAAGUACGACUGUCUGGCUGAGGCGAGGCGUUUCCUCAAUGAACAGAUGAAGAUCACCAAGUCGUUGGAUGAUCGCUUUUGGAAAACAGUGUUGAGUGAGACGUGGUAG